AGUCGUCUUGCCGUCUUGCCGCGGCAAGCGGGCACAUCGGCGCUGGUCCGGGCCGCGGCUGCGUCUUAUCGGAAGUGGCGUACUGGCAAGCUUGCUGGCGGCCGGCAAAGCAGCUGGGGAGGGGCCAUUUCGGAGUUGCGGGCACGCCUGGGGGAAACCUAUAAAGAUCCCGGGGCGUCCGUGCUGGCUCAGCGUGGCAUAUCGAGAAGGCUCGACACGUUCUUUUGGAUCGAUUUAAGCACACCAGGCUUAACUAGUGUUUAAGAGUCUACCACAGAGCGUUCAGGCAUUCCUCUUUUUGUCUCUGCCACCCCUUGCUUUUGUUUCCCCCCUUGAUUACCCUGUUUCCGCUCUCUAUCUCAUCUGUUUUGGACACGCAAGAUGCCUACUAAGACCAACGCUGCGUAUUUCGCAGACAAGAUCAGCCCGGUGUGCCAUUCGGCGCUACAGUACACAGCGUACUACGGAACGUUUGCCCACACUCCGAGUUUGGGCUCGAUGGAGGUGCUGCCGCACACGGUAGUCGGCGUGGACCAGGACGGCAACAUCGACUUUAUGGUGUCGGGAGUGAAGGACGCCUCUCCGGAGGCGUUGGUGGAGUUGACGCAGCAGCACGCUUUGUCGGCGCUGGCGUCGAAGGACAUUGUGUUGGUGGACGCGUCGAAGGACAACAACCAGUUCUUCUUCCCCGGCUUCAUCGACACACACAUCCACGCACCGCAGUUCCCCAACAACGGGAUCUUCGGCAACACGACGUUGCUCGAGUGGUUGGAGAUCUACACGUUUCCGCUUGAGUCGUCCUUCACAGACCUCGAGCUCGCCACCGAGAUCUACACGAAGGUGAUUUCAAGGACGCUCGGGUACGGUACCACGACGGCGUCGUACUAUGCGACGAUCCACACAGACGCCACUAACCUCUUGGCAGACCUCGCCUUGAAGCUUGGCCAGCGCUCGUUUGUCGGAAAGGUGUGCAUGGACCAGAACUCGCCUGCCCACUACAUUGAGACCGAGGAGGAGUCCAAGGCCUCCACGCUCGAGGUCAUCGACCACAUCCGGUCCCGAAACCCCUCGGGCGACUUGAUCAACGCGGUGUUGACGCCGAGGUUUGCUGGAUCAUGCACCGACAGCCUUCUGAGCUGGCUCGGCAACUUGCGGAAAAAGGGCAACUACCACUGCCAGACACAUCUCUCGGAAAACCACAAGGAGAUCGAGUGGAUUACAAACAUGUUCCCGCAGUACGACCACUACACAGACAUCUACUACCAGAACAACUUGUUGAGCUCCAAAACGGUCUUGGCCCACUGCAUCCAUCUUUCCGACGAAGAAAUGCACAUACUUAGAAACACAGGGUCGGGCAUCUCCCACUGCCCCACGUCAAACUCCUCUAUCACUUCUGGCGAGGCCAGGAUAAGGUGGCUUCUGAACAACCACAUCAACGUCAGCUUGGGCACCGACUGCUCGGGCGGAUUCACUCCUUCGAUCCUAGAGGUGGCCCGGCAUGCGUUGCUUGUGUCAAGACAUUUGGUCAUGAAGUCAAAGGAGGAUGCUGAAAAGCUGUCCUCGAGUGAUGUGCUCUACCUCGCCACCGUUGGAGGCGCCAAAGUGCUCGACAUCGACGACAAGGUCGGCUGUUUCCGCAAGGGCCUGAAGUUCGACGCACAGCUCAUUAGUCUAGAUUGCAAGGACUCAAACGUUGACACAUUUGCGUUCCAAAACCCCCAGUGGGGGGUCUUGCCAGCCGAGGCUUCGCACAAGAGAUUUGCAGACUUGAUCGACAAGUGGCUCUUCACUGGCGACAACAGAAACAUACAAAAGGUUUUUGUAAAUGGGCGGACAGUAGUGGACAGAACGGCCUAAUCUCUAGCAUUACUUUCCAUUCUUAUGUAUUCUACAUGUAAACAAACUAUAUUCGAUAAAUGGCUAG